CGGACUCUCACUCUCCUCCUCACCAUACUCGACAUCGUCCCUCACACGACCACGACGACGACUCGCCAUGGAUGCAUACAGGCAGAGUCGCCUACAGCAUCGAAGCACGCUGGCUCACCCAAUCGUGGGCGCUGGCAGCCCCGCUGGCAGCAGUAGCGGCAGCGGUGGUGGUGGUGGUGCCCUGGGCCUCUCCCCUCGAGUCAUGUCGCCCGGCAUCGCUUCUCCGUAUACGCAGUCGCCCCUCGCACAGGGGAGUGGCAUGCUACCUCCAUCGAAUGCCAAUGCACCUCGUCCCCCUCGCCCACAAGUGCACAGGACAAAGAGUGGCGAUCCACUCUCCACAUCGUCCAUGUCGGCAACGACGUCCACUCGAAGCGGGGCAGACCCGCUCGCCUUCAACAACUUUUUCGCCGAGACUGCUUCCCCGCUAGCUUCCCCCAGGUCGGGGUCGGGGCCGGGCCCAGUCGACGCGCCAGAGGGAUACGGUCCUCCGAGGAGGUCAGUUACGGCUGGCCCGUCUCUCUGGUCGUCGAAUGGGAUCGCUCCUUCUCCCUCAUCUUCGAGCGAUUGGCAGAGAUCCACGCCCGUACGAGGCAAUAGCACCAGCUCGGAUGGCGGCAUAUGGGCUACGAGUCCUACGUCAUCCCUGCCCUUUGGGCGAGGCCCGCCAAUGCGUUCCAGGACACUGGCUGUACAAGAGGACAUUGGAGCGCACGACUCGAUCCUGCCUGAGAGUCUGCAGGCGGCAGUCGCCGUCACUCUAGAGCCAGAAGAGCUCGACGAGAUACAACAGCAGCAGCAGCCUGGAGGAGGCGCUGGGGCUGAUUUGCGCGACUCGCCGCUAGGAUCAGAUGAGGCAGCCACCUCGCGCUUUGGGUUCCCACUUCAGCAUUCUCGUUUCAGAGCUCCGCAGCGGGCUACGACGUUUGAUCCGGAGAGACACUUGCCGCGUUCUCGCUCGAGACCAUCGACGGCGGGAAGCAGUAGAAUUUCGUCGACGCAUGAGGAUGAGAGCCCGUCGAGGACGUCGCCUGCUAUGCUGGAUGAGAAUGGGAUGAGAGGCAAUGAGACGUGGGGGCCGACGUCGAUUCAGCAGAAGCAGUACCUCCAGCAGCAGCAGCAGCAGCAGCAUCAGCAGCAGCUUCCUCCACCGCCCGCUCAGGGUCCACCACCGUUCGCGAUGGGUCCGGUUGACAUGUACCAGCAACAGCAGCAGCAGCAGCAGCAGCUGGCUCGACCACCGCAAUACCCAAACCACGCGCCAAUGCACACCAACAUGGCCUCCAUGCGCCAAUAUCCGUCGCCGAGUCCAGCCCAGUACCAACUCCCUCUCGCACAGCAACCGCAAUACGCUCAACCAACUCAGCUGCCGCGGCCGCCAGUCCACACCCUCCCACAUCGCACCUCCCGCUCUGCCCUCCAAGAGGAGAUGCUAGCAGCCAUGGCAUCAAUGGACCUCGCAGCCCAACCACAGCCGCCAGUGCCCGUAGCUCCACGCGCUCCACCCAUGCCUCCGCAACAGCAGCAGCAGCAGCAAGGAUCAGCGAUGAUGCGUCCCCCUCUCCCUCCGCAAGCCCACCUCGCUCGGCCUCCUCAACCUCACCUUCAACCUUCCCUCCCCAAUCGUCCCCGCGGCCACGGCCAUGCGCGAGGCGCCUCGUCGUCCUCCACCGUCGUCCCAGGUCGCUCCCCCCUCCUCGACGAGUUCCGCGCAAAACGCGCCCUCCCCCAUCCAGGCGGCGGCGGAGGCAGCGGCGGCGCUCGUGGCCCUGGUGUUGUGCACAUGGGGCCCUCGUCCUCAGCCAAUGGUGCAGGGGCGGGCACUUCCACGGGCACGUCCACAUCGGACUGGACCCUUGAAACAAUCCGCGGCCAUCUCCACGAGUUCUGCACCGAUCAACACGGCUCCCGCUUCCUGCAAGAGCAGCUGGACCGUGCCCCUCGCCACCAGGUCGACGGCGUCUUCUUCGAGCUGCGUCCCUCCGCCCGUGCUUUAAUGCAGGACGUCUUCGGCAACUAUGUGGUGCAGAAGCUCUUUGAGUAUGGGACGGAUGAGCAGAGGUUGAGCCUCGCCGAGGAGAUCAGGGGUCAUGUGGUGCAGCUGAGCUUGGGGACGUAUGGGUGUAGGGUCAUUCAGAAGGGGUUGGAGUAUUUGCCUGAUGAGGUGAGGAUGGACAUGGCUGAGGAGGUCAGGGGGCAUGUGCUUGAGUUGGUGCAGGAUCAGAAUGCCAACCACGUAAUCCAAAAACUACUCUCGGUCCUCCCCACCCCGACUUCCCCUUCCCUCUCCUUCCUCUCUUCCCCCUUCCACGGGCGCGUCCUCACCCUCGGGACACACUGCUACUCCUGUCGGGUUCUCCAACGAAUCUUCGAACGCUGCGGUGAAGCUCAAGCGCGUCCGUUGCUCGAGGAGCUCCAUGCGGGUCUGGAUCAACUGAUGCCCAACGCCUAUGGUAACUAUGUGAUUCAGUGGAUCCUCCAAAAGGGGGCGCAGCAGGAUCGCGAUCGCGUUAUUGAAGCGGUCAAGGGUAGGGUUGUGGUGUGGAGUCGGCACAAGUUUGCUAGUAACGUCGUGGAGCAGGUAGUAAGGACCGCAGGGCAGGCACAAAGGAGGGCUCUCGCGGAGGAGAUCCUCGUGCCGCCGCAUCAACACCAGCAGCAGCAGCAGCAGCGGGAGGAGGAUGGAGAGGAGGGCCCAGGCGGAGCGGGAGGGGAGCCCCCAGCGGUUAGCAUGGCGGAGGACCCUUUUGCCAAUUUCGUGCUGCAGCGUUUCCUCGAGGCGUGCGAUGGCGAUCAGAAGUUGCGCCUCGUCGCCGUGCUCCAGCCUAGAUUGGCCGCGCUGCGCAAGAGGGCCAUGGGUGGUGGUGGUGGUGCUCCGCCGAAUGGAGGCAUGGUUGGCGCAGGGGCAGGGGCAGGGGCGGGGGCGGGAUGGACUAAGCAUCUCGCGGCUGUGCAGAUGAAGUGUGAUGCCAUUAGGCCGCAGGGGAUGAUGAGGUGAGAAGCGCAGCGCAGGACGGCCAGGCAUUUGUAUAUGUACUCUGUUUGUUCAUAGCGACACAAGAGGUGGGAGGGGGAGAGAGUAAAGCUUGGGCACGCAAAUGUUUCGAUGCACAUCAUCGGCCCCUCUAAUAUCAUCAUCAUCAUCGUCGCCGCGCUACCUACCAAUGAAAAUCC